GAGAGAAGUAUGUCCUGCAGUGGUCAAGAGAAGCAGGAGGAUGAUGGUGAGCAGCAGACGGUGAGAAGAAGAGAGCUGCAGACCCGACAUCGGGUCACACUCACAGGUCUUUUCAAGGCACUGAAGAACAUGGUGUGUCCAUCCAUUCGAUCAACUCAUAACUGUGAGGCUUCUUCUAAUCAGAGAAGUCCUGCCAAGUGGAAAAUCCUAGAUCAUGCCAUGGGAUUUCUUCUGGAGAAAGAGGCUUACCUCAGCAAACUCCUUGCACUGAAAGAAGUUUAUCUCGAUGAUGAUGGAGGACCGAAGAGUUUGGAAGACGUACGAGAACAGUACAGGAGUCUCUAUUCCGAACGCUUCAAUUUGCACAUCAGAAGACACAGCUUUAAAGCUUGUGUACCUGAUGUAGACGAGGGCCAUGAGAGCAGUGAGGUCGACUCAACUGAUGAAGAAACAGAUGAGUUGCCUCAGUCUCAGUCAUCAGGGUCAUCUGUCCCCAACCUCCAGGAGUUUGAGGGAUAUCUUGUUUUCUACAGUGAGACUCUUGAGCUCCUUUUGUCCAGUGGAGUGCUUUCUCCAGAUCAGGCGGGUCUUUCUGUAGUGUCCAAGGCCAUCUCCAGCUUGUGGAGUUCUCUUCCUCCAGAGCGUAGAGUGGAAGCACAGCAACACGCUCUAGACCGGAGAUCUGUCUCAUGGGAAAGCCAAAGUGAGAUCAGAUCCUCACAUCUCACCAUCUUAAAUCUGUCUGCAUCUUAUGUUGUUGAGGAGGAUCUACUACAGGACGCAUAUGAUGUGGUGCAGAGAGAUAUGGAUGCUGCUUCAGCAAACAGGCCUGCAGUGCUGCAGAGCUGUGACUAUGAGAAGCUGAAGCAAAUCUACAAGGACAUCUCGGGCUUCAUCAGGAACAACAUAGCUGAGGAUCAAGAGCUUCCGCAGUUAGAAAGAGCUGAGUUUCAGGACCUGUCUCAAGCAGCGGAGUAUGAAGAUCAUCUCCUGAGGUGUUCAGAAAGCUUCGAUGACGAUUUCUAGCCAGUUCCUCAAGCCUUCAUAGCAUUCCAGUUUAUCUGACAGUGAAUUCUGUUACGGUUUAAAGUGUGGCAUCAUCAGUAUGUUAAAAUGAAAUUGUGUUCAAUCCUGGCCUAUUGUCAUAUAAUUUAAUGAUAACGUUUCAGUAAGCCAUGAGCGUUCCAAAGUUUUCUGACUAUUCAUACGUUUUAAACAAACAGUGUCUGUGCAAAAUGAGGCAAGAUUAGUCAGCUCCUGUUAACUCCAGCAUGUGUACUAGUUUAGUGUCAGCAGUCUGUC